CCCUAACUGAUCUCUUGAGUGGGUCUGCCUCUUUGGAGCAGUUCAUCCACAAUUCAUACACUGAUUGCGCCUUCUUGUCCGAAUGACAACGUGCGCUGGGGGCAUAUCAGCCACUAUCAUCGUUAGCUGGAUGCCCUAGUUCAAGGCUAGCCUUAGCUGCAGGUGCGUUAUCUUGGACCAAUAUUGUGUGCUUUUGCGUACCCCCAACUUCGCGAGGGGCCCCGUUGACCUGGGAGAAUUGUAUAAAGAGUGCCCGUCGUCUACCAUUGUGAGGCCUGAAGCGAUCUGAAGUCUCAAUUCCUCUUCAUGGUUUGCCAGUGAUCCGCUGAGGUAUCCGGCAAGAUGUCCGAUUUCCCCAAAGGGCCUGUGUCGCUGAGCAGCCACUCCGACAAGGAGAAGGCGGGGGCCACCGAGACUGGCAUCGAUGAGUCGGAUCUCCAGUCCCUCCUGGACCAGUUGAAAGACAUUGUCGCCGAGAAUGAACUGGACGUCAACUUCCCGGUUCACAUCCUCAGCCAGGCACGAGAGAUCCUUGACGCGGAAACCCAGCACAUCGAUCUCUCUCAGCUGCAGGAGCUCAUUGCGGAAAUUGCCAAGCAGCGCGAUCUGAUCGAGAAUGACUCGCCUUACCCCGAAGUCCGCGCGGUGGUUGACCCCACCGAUGACCCUGAGGUCUCGGCCAAUACCUUUCGGGCCUGGUUCCUGGGGCUGCUAGCCACCAUCAUCUUCACGGGGGUUAACCAGCUCUUCACCCUGCGCUAUCCGUCCAUCAGCAUCGCCUCCAUCGUCAGUCAGCUGCUGUCCUACCCUUGUGGUGUGUUCCUGGCCCAGGUCUUGCCCACUCGGCAGUGGAAUCUGUUUGGCUGGAAGUUCACCCUGAACCCCGGCCCCUUCAACCAGAAGGAACACAUGCUGAUCACCGUCAUGUCCAACGUCUCCUUCGGCGGUACCAAUGGCACGGCCUACGUGACCUACAUCUUCCAGGUCUUGAAAGCCAAGUCCUUCUAUAACAUGUCGUCCCUCUACGACCAGGCCGGCUUCCAGAUCCUCGUCACCCUGUCCACCCAGUUGCUAGGCUAUGGCUGCGCCGGUGUCGUUCGACGAUUCCUCGUGUAUCCCCCCUCCAUGAUCUACCCCAAGUCUCUGUCCACCAUUGCCCUGAACAAGGCUCUGCACAACGACGAGGGACGUGAACGGGUGAAUGGCUGGAAGAUCAGUCGCUACCGCUUCUUCAUGUACUGCUUCGGUGCCAUGUUUGUCUACUACUGGUUCCCGGGGUACAUCUUCCAGGCCCUGUCCUACUUCAACUGGAUCAACUGGAUCGCUCCCGACAAUGUCAAGCUGGCCAUCAUCUGUGGCACCGUCAGUGGCUUGGGCCUCAACCCUCUGCCGACUUUUGACUGGAACGUGGUCUACAGUCUGUACGACCCGAUCAUCUACCCCUUCUAUGCCCUCGCCAACAUCGGCAUCGGCACGAUUCUGUGCGCGUUCUGCGUCAUCGCGCCCGUCUACUUCUCCAACGUGUGGAAGACGGCAUACUUCCCCAUCCUCAGCAACGACGUCUACGACAACACCGGCAACACGUACAAUGUCACCCGCGUGCUCAACAGCAAGGGCGACUUCGACCUCGAGGGGUACGAGGGCUAUAGCCAGCCCUACCUCACGGCCGGCUACUCGGUCAUGUUCUUCUUCUUCUUUGCCAUGUACAUCGCCACCAUCGUGCACGUGGUCCUGUACAACCGCCGCGAGAUCAUGAAGGGAUACCGGGCACUCCUGAAAUGGACCAGCGCGCGUGAGGAGCACGAGGAUGUGCACAACCGGCUGAUGAAGCGGUACAAGGAAGUCCCGGAAUGGUGGUACCUGACCAUCCUGGCCGUGUCCUUCGUCUUCGGCUGCAUCAGUGUGGCCAAAUACGACACCGGCAUGCCCAUCUGGGGCAUUGUCUUCGCCAUUAUCCUCUGUCUCGUGCUGCAAAUCCCCUAUGGCAUGGUCUACGCCAUCACCAACUCCGAGGUGACCAACAACGUCAUCGCCGAGUUCAUCGGUGGUUACGCCAUCCCGGGCAAGCCCGUUGCCAACCUGCUGUUCAAAGCAUUCGGCUACAUCGCCUGUGCGCAAUCCGUGCAAUUCGUCGCGGACCUGAAACUCGGCCACUACAUGAAGAUCGCCCCGCGCGUGAUGUUCUCCGCCCAGCUGGUCGCCACCAUCUUGGGCUCCUUUGUCUCCUUGGGCGUCAACGUCUGGGCGCUGGACAACAUCAGCGACGUAUGCUCCCUGGACCAACCCCAAAAAUUCACCUGUGCCGGCGCCCGCGACUUCUACACCUCCUCGGUCAUCUGGGGCGCCAUCGGCCCGCGGCGCCUCUUCGGCAGCGGCCAAAUCUACAACCCGCUCCUGUACGGCUUUCUGGUCGGGGCCCUCCUCCCCAUCCCCUUCUACGUCUUCACGAAAUGGUGGCCCCGCUCCGGCUGGCGCUACGUCUACAUCCCACUCGUCUUUUACGGGUGCGCCGACCUGUCUCCCUACAACGUCAGCUACGCGUGGUCGCCCAUGGUGGUGGGCUUCAUCUUCAAUUUCUGGAUCAAGCGGCGCUGGCAGGCGUGGUGGGAGAAAUACGCGUAUGUGUUCACGUCGGCGAUGUCGUGUGGUGUGGCCAUCUCGGCGAUUAUUAUUUUCUUUGCGGUGGAGUAUCAUGCGGUUAAUAUUAAUUGGUGGGGGAAUGAGGUCUCGUAUGCGGGGUGUGAUAGUAAUGAGUGUACGUUGUUAACUAUUCCGGCGGGGGGGACGAUUUAGGUGCCUUGGGG